GGUACCCUACCAUCGGCGGCGAUGCUGGGUACUAGGACUUUUACUCCAAGAACAAAAUAUUCAAAUACUCGCGUACUUGAUGUAUUAGGAUCAUAUUACUUUCUCUUUUGUUGAAGUUAUAAGUUAGGGCGGCCUAAGACAAGGUUUCUCAGUUUGUUUGUUUGUAGUGGCUGGAGACACUAUUGCUUGUAAUUGGAUUUUUUUCUUUAAUAAGGUAGUGAAUUAAUCCAAGAUGGCGCUGACAAUUAUUGCCAGCUUCCUUGUUCAACUAGUGUUCAGCUCUGUUAGUGCACUACAUCCUUCCUAUAAUAUAUUUCUCCAACAACCUUCACUUACCAAUACAAUUCAAAAUAUACCAGUCUCUUAUCAUUCAUCUGGAGUUUCUGGUGGCAAUAGUUACUUUGGAAAUUUUGUACGUCCCACGUUUCCUGCCCAGCCAACCCCUGAUCCAUCCACCUUAGGUUGUGGAACACCACCAGCGUCCUGCCCGAAUACAAGAUACAGAUCUUACGAUGGUUCCUGCAACAACUUAAGAAAUCCUAUUCUUGGAACUCCAAAUACUCCCUACACUAGAUUAUUGCCUCAAAAUUAUGGAGAUGGUAUUAGCAAUCCAUCAACAGCAAAAAGCGGAAACGAUUUGCCUCUUUCUAGGCUAGUUAGUUUGGUUCUAUAUCCUGAUGUUCCGAAAGAAGAUCCAAUAUGGACUUUGAACGCUAUGCAAUACGGUCAAAUUAUUACUCAUGACAUGAGUAUGAUUCUGGGAAGUACACAAGCACAGCCUCACGGUACUCGUUGUUGCUCCAGUGAUGGACAAUUGCUUGAACUUGCUAACAUCCCUGAUCAUUGUUAUCCAAUAGUGCUACCAGACAAAGACCCUCAACAUUCCCAGACAAAUACUAGGUGCAUGAACUUCGUUAGAACUAUUACCGAUCUUGAUCGCAACUGUGUAGGACGCAAUCAACCAGCCGAACAGCUCACUGCAGUAAAUCACUAUUUGGACCUUUCUAUUGUUUACGGAAAUAACGAUCAAGUCAAUCAACAAGUCAGACAAUUCCAAGCUGGUAGAUUAAGAGUUGACGUCAGAAAUGGUCAAGAAUGGCCACCAAGAUCCUUAAACGCGUCAGGAAUAUGUACCACUCAAAAUCCUAACGAAGCUUGUUAUCUAGCUGGUGAUGCGAGAGUUAACCAAAAUCCUCAACUUACGUUACUUCAAAUCGUCCUUCUUCGAGAACAUAACAGGAUCGCAGGAAUUUUAGCCAAACUUAACCCUCACUGGGACGAUGAAACUCUUUUCCAAGAAUCAAGAAUCAUUAACGUCGCUCAACACCAGCAGAUCACGUACUACGAAUGGUUACCGAUUUUCAUCGGAGAACAGAAUUCUUUGAAAAAUAAUAUAUUGUACAAUACCAAAGAUUUCGUUAACGAUUAUGAUGAAAAUGUAAAUCCCACUAUCUUGAACGAACAUGCAACUGCAGCAUUUAGAUAUUUCCAUUCCUUAAUAGCUGGAAGUUUGGAUUUAGUCACCGAAGAAAGGACUAGUUACGGAAGCCUUCGUUUGAGUGACUGGUUUAAUCGUCCUCAAAUAUUAGAAGAAGGUAACAACUUCGACGAACUUGCUAGAGGUCUUAAUACUCAACCAGAACUGGCUGCGGAUCAAUAUCAUACUAGUGAGAUUACUCAGUUUCUCUUCCGUGCCGGUCAACCAUUUGGACAAGAUCUUAAAUCAUUUGAUAUUCAAAGAAACAGAGAUCAUGGUUUAGCUACUUACAAUGAUUAUAGACAAUUCUGUGGAUUGACAAGGGCCCAUACUUUCGAAGGUUUUCUGGAUGUUAUCAGUGAACAGAAUGUGCAAAAGCUUUCAACCCUUUACGAAAGUCCUGAUGACGUAGAUCUAACAGUAGGUGGAUCCCUCGAAGCUCACGUUCCCGGUACAUUAGCGGGACCAACCUUCUUGUGCAUUUUGACCGAACAAUUUUACAGAACCAGAAAAGGUGACAGAUUCUUCUUUGAAAACGUAGCUAGUGGCUUAAAUGUAGCUCAACUUAACGAAAUUCGCAAGGCUAGUAUUUCACGGUUAUUAUGUGAUAAUGCUUACAGUGUACAAGCUAUGCAACCAAGAGGAUUCCAACGAAUUUCACAAAGUAAUCCUGUGGUACCUUGCGAUACUUUGCCAUCUGUAGACCUAUCCUUGUGGAAAGACUUUGGUGCAGGAGUUCAUCAAACCGCACCCCUUAGUCCCGUUGGAUUAAACUCUCAUCUUAUUUAUAGAAAAUAAAUUUGCCAUAAUAUAUUAUAUAUUAUAAUUUUAUACUGAAGUGUAGGUGAAUUUAGAAACUAGUGUAUUAUAAUAUUGAUUUGGUAGCUAUUAUGUGCUUAAUUGAUAUUGGUAGUGUUUAUACGUUUAUCAGAUUGGCCAUUGGUGUAACAGCAAUAAUAUAAUAGUAAGUUGAAAGGGUUAUAUGUAUGUUCAACUAUUGUUGAUUAAAAUAAAAAUGUAUACCAUUUUUAUUCAGUUGCAAUGCGAGGCCAAAAAUGUUUUAAUUUUUACUUAGAUUAGAGAGCGCAACCAGCACUCUUAUCGACGAUUUCAGCUCUUAUUAGAGGCUCUUCAGAGAAUGCAUAGGUUGCUUUGCUCUAAUCCAGUAAAUUUGUCGACAGAUAUUAGUCCCACACUGCAACUGAGGUGAAUGGAUUAGGUGACUAGCGUCAUCUGGCAAUUCAAAGAUAAAGCUUUUCAAUCCUAAUAGCAACAUUAAUAACAUUGAAAAAUAUUGAAAAUAUUACUAAAAGAUUUUUAAAUUGAAAACUUAUUGGUACAUUUCCCUGGAAAAAUUUACUGGAUUAGAGCAAAGCAACCUAUGCAUUCUCUGAAGAGCCUCUAACAAGAGGUGAAAUCGUCGAUAAGAGUGCUGGUUGCGCUCUCUAAUCUAAGUAAAAAUUAAGACAUUUUUGGCCUCGCAUUGCAACUGAAUAAAAAUGGUAUACAUUUUUAUUUUAUAGUAGUAUUACUCCGUGGAGUAACUAGGUGCAUUUUCCGUUGGAACUUUACCAAGCUGCAGAAGGGGGUUGUGAAUUGCAUAGUGUAGAAUUCCUUCCCUUUUGUCUUCACUGCAGCAUCCAUUUGGCUUGCAAAUUGUAGAAGCCUUGGAGGUGUCACCAGGGAAAUGUACCAAUAAGUUUUCAAUUUAAAAAUCUUUUAGUAAUAUUUUUAAUAUUUUUCAAUGUUAUUAAUGUUGCUAUUAGGAUUGAAAAGCUUUAUCUUAUUGUUGAUUACUUCUGUAGGUCAGUAGUGUUUUCUCGUGUCUUCUUUCGCUAGAGUUGUCAUUUUAUAAGCAAAAUGUGUCCACCAUUAAUUAUUUGUAAUUAUAUCUGUAUUACAGCCUCAAUUAAUUUUAUUUUUGUUAUAUAUUAUGCUUACAACGUUUUAAAAUAGUGCACCGAUUUUAAAUCAGAUUGAUCCAGUGUCUUCUUUAUUCAUUCAAAGCAUUAUUUGUUUUUAUUCUUGAAAUAGUUUAUGAUAACUUAAGACAUAUAACAUGGGUCUGAAUGGUGUAAAAUUAUUCAUUCUUGACGUCACAAUAGCUAUAGUUCAGUUUCCAAUUUAUGGUCUAACAAUUUUUUUGUAUUUUUGAGAGAUUCUUAUGCCUUAUACAUAUACAUAUAUCGACAUAAGGUAUCUUCGCAAAAAAUGCACCCCGAUAACAUUUCUAAUGGAUGUUUUUUUUUUCAAUGUGAACUUUUCUGAUAAGAAAAUGAAAACGAUGUAGGUACUAUAUAAAACACUUUUCUCCAUUGUUUAACGGGGUAUUCCCAUCUCGGCUCACUAUAAUCCUUUAGUCCUUUAUGAUACCCCAGGUACAUUUUAAAAACCCUCAGGUCGGCUCGAAGAUUAACAGGUGGGUACGCCACAGCUCAUGUAGUAAAAAAAACAAUUAUUUCUAGUUAAAGGUACACUAAUAUCAUUGUUUUUGCACUAUGUUGAAAAAAUACAGAACGAUGUUAGUCGCUGGACACCUCGUAGCGGAAUCAAUUUAUCUUGUACAUGUAAAAUUAUUUGAUAUUAGUUUUCAUUUUUAUUGGGCGAUGUAUAAUUAUAUAUCUAUUUAAUAAAAUUAUUCUAUAAAAAUGUAUUUUUUUCCAUUGAGAUGUAAAAUUAUUUGAUAGUAACAAUUACCUAAUAUCCCAUGAGCCAAGCUGGUAUAUUUUAUAUCGCACAGUUUUAAGCUUUGUGCCGACUUCGGGCCGAGAUAGGCACUGCCCUGUUCAACAGUGCAGCUCAUAUCCGUUGUACUAUGUGUGUUUAUUCGCUGACAUGUCAGAACUUAGAACUACAUACAUACUUUGAAAUAAAAAAAUUUUUAUUAAAAAAAGUUAAAUUAUUAAAAACAUUAGGUUAUUAGGAUAUCUACUAAUUGAUACAAUACUUAUUUGCAAUCACUUAGGAUUUAUUAUGUUUCACUACCAAUACAAAGCACUGGUAUAUUAUAUUAUAAGUUGUUAUUAUUUUUUUUAAGUAAAUUAGUUCUUAGCAGCUCAAGUAAUUUGCAAUAAAUUCUUUGUGUAUUUUAAUUACAAGUAAAAUAUUUUUAUAGAAAUUUAUAUUUGUAAAAUGUAUUAAAAUUUUAAUUUUACUUAUUUAUUUAAUACUUUUGUUCUAAUUCAAUAUGUUUUGGAUUUUUUUCUUUUUUUUUUUUUCUAACUGGCCAUAUUUUGAGUCAUUUCUUUGAGUUUAAGAUAACCUAUAAAGUAUUAUAAUUUGCCUCUUGGUCUUAAUCAGUAUUAUUUAUAAUUAUUAUAAUGUUACUACUUUUACAACAUACAUUAUAAGUAUGACACAUUUUUUCUACUCAUAUUAUUAUUAGUAAUCUGGAAUGUUUAACAUUAUUGUUAAAAUUAUUUUUUAAUACAUUUAACUCGUAGGUUAUAGGUUACCUAUAGGUGAUUUUUUUGUAUGUUCUAAGCUAAUAUUUAUUUAAUUAAUUGACACCGUUUGCAGUAAAAUAUUUUUGUUGUAUUUUUAUAAUAAAUAAUUCAUAAUAUA